AUGGAUUCUAAAAGUACAGAGCAGAAGCUUAGGGUUCUGACGCAUCAGAACCAGCAGCUUGCCGUUCAGCUUGAGGAGAAGCGCAAAACGAGCAAGGCGCUUGAGGACAAGGUUGCAGCGUAUGAGCAGAAGGAGCAGGAAUAUGAACAAACGCUACUGUGCGUGAACCGCAUAUGGAGCCAGUUCACGGUGGCCAUCUCCCAUCUAUGCACCAGCUUGGCGGGCCAUGCCGACCUACGCCCUCCCGCUACCCCAUCGGGUGCGGCGGCAGCAAAGCCAUUACUGGACGCCCAGAAGCGCGUCGAUGCGGAGCUCACCGAUGUCGAGCUUGCUCUGCAGGAGCGCGCGCGCGGCUGCAAGGACGCCCUGGCGGCUGUCCUUGACGCCGUUCGCAGCAUCCAUACUCGGCAGGAGGAGCUCUCAGCCAGGCUGCGUGAAGCCGUAACCGUGCCUCAAGCAAGCUCCCCCUCCGCCGCCGUGCAGCCGCUGCUGCAGGCCGAAAACGCUCGGCUGGUUUCGGAGACGACUACGCUGCGCCGGGAGCUGGACGCUGUCCGUGCCCAACACACGUGUGCCUCUGAGGAGCUUCGCUUGGCUGAAGACCGGCGCAUAGAAGUGGAGGAACGCAUCCGGCAGCUACAGAACGAGCUGGCGGACACGGAACAAGAGCUCAGCAACGUCCAGAAAAAAUACUUCACAUUAAAGAACAGCGGUGGCGGUGCUGCAGGAGGGGGAGCUGGCGGUGGGGGUGCAGCGGUGGGCGGCGGCACCGGUGGCGACGGUGGCGGCCCUAGCCGUCAGGGCAGCCUGCUGGCGGCGCUGCCCAGCGCCGGCGGCAGCGGCAGCGGAGCUGCCGCAGCCAACGGUGCUGGCGGCAGCGCCGCCGCCCCCGCUGGUGUGACGGAGGGCGGCUCCGAUGUGCUUGACGAGGUGGCGGAGCUCCAGGCGCUGUUGGCAAAACGUACGGCAGAUUUGGAGAGGGAGAGGGAGGCACACCUCAAGACGCGGAGGGAGCUCCAAGAAGUUCAGGCAAGAGUAGGAGACGAGGCCUGGGUGCCCUCCACGAGGCUGUACGGCAUAGCCCAGCAGCAGUUGGCCCAACUGAACGAGGCCCUGGCUGCUCGGGCUCGGGACGUGGAGGCCCUGGCUCGGGAGAGGGAUGAGGCGCUGCGGGAGGCGGCAGCCAAGGCGUCACUGGCGGCGGCGUCGUCCGAGGCCCACAUGCGGUCCAAGCUGGCCACCCUGGAGCGCUCCUACCGGGAGCUGCAGUUCGGGAAGGCGGAUGCGGACAGGGCCCGGGCGGAGGCGGAGGCGACCCUGCAGAGGGAGAGAUCCAGGGGGGGCAAUGCCAAGACGGUUUCGGAGCUGCAGGCGCUGGUGGCCAGCCUGCAGGGCCAGAUAGCCUCGUUGCAGAGCCAGGCCAAACUGGACAAGGUGAUCCCCAUGGGUUGCCGGGUGGCUCACGAGCGUCUGGACGCCAGCGCCCGGGAGGUGGUGGAGGCCGCAUCCAACCUAGCUGCCAGGGACAUGGAGCUGCAGAGGCUCAGAGAUGCACUGGCGCGGCGGGAUGGUGAGGCGGAGGAAGCCCGGAGGAGGGAGGUGGCGCUCAAGGAGGCGGUGGCGGACCUGAGGGCUUUCGUGGAGGUCCUGACAACGUACGGCAGCGACCCCCGCGAUGUGGUGGAGGUGCGCGCCAGUGAAGCGGCUCUCAGAGCGCAGGUGGCGGAGCUCAAACAGCAGCUGCAGGGCCACUCCCUGCAUGCGACCAUUCGGGAGGUGGCUGCCUCGGAGCGGGAGGUGCGGGGGCAGCUGGACCUCGUGGCCGUGGAGGCGGAUGAACUCAGAAUGCAGGUUUCCAAGGCCCAGCGGCAGGCCGCUGAGGUGGAGGCGUUGCUGGCCCACAGCCGCUCCGAGUGCGAACUGUAUAAGCAGGAAAUCGAGGUGACGGUGAACGCUUUCGAGGAACUGCAGGUGCAGAACGGCCGGCUGGUGGCGGCGCUGGCGGAGAGGGACGAGGCCAACAAUGCGGUGGUGGCGGAGAGACUCAAGCUAUCCCAGCAGGUUCCCGUGCUGACGGAGGCGGCGGAGGCUUCCCGGGGGGAGGCGGAGCGGCUUCAGCGGGAGGUUUCAGAGCUGGGUGCCGUACGGGAGGCCCUGGAGCGGGACAUGACGCGCUUGGCUUCGGAGCUGGCAUCGGUGAAGGAGCAGCUCCGUGUGCACGCCAGUCGCCUGGAGAGUGCGGGGCUCGAGGUGCGGGCCAGGUCCGAUGCGAUGGCGGCGCUGCAGCAGCAGCUGGAGGCCGCCGGCAGGCAACUGGACCUCAAGAGGCUGGCGUUGGAGGAGGCCGAUCAGAAGCAUGUGAAGGAGAAGAGCAAACGGCAGCGAGUGGAGGAGGAGGUCAAGGCGCUACAGACCAAGGUGGAGAAACUGAAGAAGCUGCAGAGCCCGGCGGGGGCGGCCAGGGAGCUGCAGGAGGAGGCUGACGCCAUGCGGCAGUUGCUCAAUUGCAAUGUGUGUCACGAGCGCCAAAAGAACCGCAUCAUCACGAAGUGCUGUCACGUCUUCUGCGAUGUGUGUAUAGACCGGACCCUCACCGCCCGCAACCGCAAGUGUCCGGGGUGCGGGAUCGUGUUUGCCAAGGGGGACAUUAAGACAUUCUUCUUCACGUAG